CGCUACGGGAGUGUGGAGUGUGGUGUUUCCUUGCGGGAGACAAGUAACCGCAGUCUAAGUAUCCAGUCGCGCCGUGCGGAGGACGCCAGUCGCAGAUCGCUGCUCUCUCGCGCAUAACCAGAACAUGCUCCAGACCCAACGCGUCAGACCUGAGCAUCACCUGUCGAGGAGCGACGUUCAUUCAAUACGGGUUGUGUUGUGGUUCACAGCGGGUGGUUACUAUAGCAACGGCCAACGUGGUGGAGCAUAUCCGGCCUACUAACGUUGUGUAAACGUACACCUGAAAAAUAACGCAGGAGGCCGGGUGGCGGAUGAGGGCGGCUGCCGGCGGCUGGAGGCGGGGCCCGCCCCCGAGCAGCAGGGGCUGAUGGAGCCGCCGCGCAGCUUCCAGCGCGCAGUCUCGCUGGCCGAGCCGCGCAGGAGCCGCUGCUCCUUCACGGCCGGCGCGCAGACCACGCCGUGCGCCUGUGAGGACCCGGAGGACGCGCUCACGGCCGGCUGGCUGUUCGCCGACGACGAGGCCGGCCCCGCGCAGCUGGUCCAUGACGGCGGAGACGAGGAGGUGCGGCGGAGGCUGGCGGAGCUGGCGGGCGCGCUGGCCGGGUCUCUGGCCGCGGAGGACCCGGGCUGCCGCGACAACCCGGGCUUCGACGGCGCCGCGGGGCUGGACAUGACGGACCCGCGCUGCGACCACCUGCCCUGGCGCGCCGAGCCCCACCAGAGCUCUGCGGAGGGCAGGCCGCGCUCGGCGGAGCUGGAGCUGGUGCGGGGGCAGGCGGGCCGCGCCUCGCUGGGGGACCGCCCCUCCUCCGUGCCGGCGCCCCUGGCCCGCGGCGGCCUCAGGAGCAGCCUGGCCGGGGGGGCCGCCCUGCGCCGCCUGGCGCACCGCCUGUCCUGGGCGUCGCGGCGCCGCUCCUCCGGCUCCAGUUGGACGGCGGAGGACGAGGAGGUGGACUGGAGCUGGGUGCAGGACGAGCUGCAGCUCAUACACGCCGACCCCGGUGACCCCGGUGACCCCGGUGAGCAGGAGGAGCCCCUCCCCGCGCCGCCGCCGCCGCCGCCGCCGCCCCCGGCCGAGAUGCAGCCGGCGCCGCAGCCCGAGGUCGCACAACCGCCGCCCCCGCAGGAGGCGGCGACGACCGCCGCCGAGUCGUGGGUGCGCGCGUCCAUGCGGCGCGUGCGUCGCUUCGCGCUGGGCGACCCGCCGGCGGCGGCGCGGGUGCGCUCCGCCCCCCCGGGCGCGCUGCCCCCGCUGCCGCCCCUCGGGCCGCCCGCGCCGCAGCCGUCCCCGGCCCGCCGCCAGCCCGCGCCGCCCCCGGCCGAGGCCUUCCCGCGCCGCUUCAGCGCCCAGGCCGAGCGCCGCCACGUGACGCUGGCCCCCGACCCGCCCACCAGCGCCGCCUCCAGCGCCGCCUCCAGCGAGUCCAGCGGCGACGAGACGCACAGCCCCGCCCACUCGGUGCGCUCGGCCAGGUCAUGCGGCCGCGAUCCUGACAUGUCCGGCGAGAGCCGCAGCCCCCUGGGGGACUGGCCCCACAACCUGAGCUCCAUGCUGGCCAGUCUGGGCUGCACCCUGGGACUCUGCAACAUCUGUCGCUUCUCCGUGCUCAGCAUCCACUACGGAGCAAACUUCAUCCUUCAGUUCCUGUUCAUGACGCUGAUAUUUGGUAUACCGCUCUACUGUUUCCAAGCAUCUCUGGGCCAGUAUCUGGCAGCUGGGGUCAUGGACAUGUGGAGGAUAUCACCUGUGUUCCAGGGCAUUGGUAUAGCACUGCUCAUAUCUCAGUUCCUAAUAGGAAUAUACAGCAUUGUGGGAGUUUCCUGGAUGUUCAUCUACUUCAGGGACUCGUUCAUCACCAAACUGGACCGGUAUCGCUGGGCGGAGCCAUAUGAUCUCUACAGGGAAGACAACAGGCCUCUGAACGGGACGUACAAGCUGGAAGAGACGGUGCCGGACUACCUGAACGGCGUCGUACUGCAGAGACACAGUCUCACGACUCCGGAGUCGACGUUCGGCCACCUCAAGUUCCAAGUCACCUUCAACCUAGCAGUCGUGUGGAUGAUUGUGUUUGUGUGUCUCAGUAAAGGACUGAAAUCUUACGGGAAAGUGGUGUAUGUUUUUUCACUGUUGCCAAUAUUUGGCAUGUUAAUACUCUGCACAAAAAUACUUGGACUAACUCCUGUCAGUCCUUUGCAUCAAAUUUUUCCGGAGACGGAAUGGUCAGAAUUCUUUCUCAACACAAAGAGCUGGGUGGCGGCGACGACGGAGGCCUUCCUGACCUGGGGGCUGCUGGGGGCGUCACUGAUGCAGAUAUCGUCCCACAACCGGAACAAGCACCUGCUGAACCGCGACACGAGCCUCGUGGUGGUUCUGACCCUGACCGUGCUCUUGCUGUCUGCCUUCCUGGCCAACACCUGCGUGCAGCUGCUCAAGGCCGGCGGCUACGUCUACACGCCCAGCUCCUUCGAGCUGAUGGCGAGCUACGGGUUCCUGCGGCCGGCGCACAGUGCCGUGCCCACUCACUACUCGUCCACGCCGGUGCGCUUCAUGCAGCAGAGCCAGCUGGUGGUGGGCACGAGGAUCGUGCAGCCCGCCUCCGACACGGCCCAGCAGAGCGGCUACCAGGUGCUGCGCCUGGCCACGGAGCUGGUGCCGGCCGCCCUCGCGCUGCUCGGCACGGACCAGGUCUCCCCCUUCUGGGCCGUGCUCUUCUACUUCACCCUCAUCCUGUUCGGCAUCGCCCAGCAGCUGUGCAUCUGGCACUGCGUCAUCACCGGGAUCACCGCCAUCAACGUGGAGACCCUGAAGGCCUGGGACACCACCAUCACCUUCUUCAGCUGCGCCUGCGGCUUCGUGCUGGGCCUGCCCAUGACCACCGAGCUGGGCAUCUUCGUGGUGUACUUCCUGGACCUGUGCGUGGGCAGCGCCUGGUGGGUGAUGGUGCUGUACCUGCUGCAACUGGCGGCCGUGCUGGUGGUGAGGGGCCGGCCCUACAGCGGGGACGUGCUCGUCACGGCGCUGCUGCCCGGGGUCACCAGCUGCCUGGCCGUGUGGGCCUCGCCCAUGCUCGUCUUCAACUGGAACGUGCUGCAGCCCAUCGCCCUCAUGGUGCUGUGCAUCACGGUGUUCAAGAACGGCCAGUUAGGGGCCCUGUACGUGUGGAGGGACGCGGGCCAUGACUACUGGCCCCCGUGGGCGCGUGAGGCCGGCAGCUUCAUCCAGCUGCUGCCGUUGCUCGCCAUGCCGCUGGUGGGAGUCGUCCAGGGCUUCCGCUACCUGUCGGACGGCCCGCCGGACAUAUUCGACCGGAUCGCGUUGCUGUGCCGGCCCUCGCCUUCGAGCGCCGCCACCCAGGAGGAGAUCCAGAUCAGUGCGGCUGCUGCCCCCGUGACCUCCGCCCCCUCCGCCGGCCACGCGGUGACCUCCGUGGAGAGCACUGUUCCCGACGACCCCCCGCCCAAGUACACGCCUCCGCCGUCCUACAGCACCGCCACUGGGGCCAGGAUCGCGAAGAUGCUGAGGCAGAGCAUCAGGCGCAGCAUGCGCCGGCUGGCCACGGCUCUCGGGGAGCACAGCGAGUCGCUGCGGCCCGCGCCGGCCGUCUCCCCGCCGGACUACGCUGCCGUGCUGGUCGAGAUCAACCAGGCGCUGCAGGACCGAGACGCGGCGAGGAGCGCCGAUGGAGGGGGGGUAGGGGGAGCGGGCCGGGCGGACGAGCGCAUGUCGACCAUGUGCGCGGCCGAUGUCGCCCACGUCCUCCGCAGCAGCAUGAGGCGGCCGCCCCAGGGCUCGCCCCGUCCCCCCCGGGAGGACGCCAAGGUCGCAUCCACCUCCGAGAUGUGAGCGGCCGGCGAACCUCGGCAGGUUCUCUGAGAACGCAAAUCCCUGAUCUCAAUCUUAUGCAGCAAGGGUGAUGUUGCCCCUCAGAGUUGACGAGAAGGAAAAAAAAAAGCCCGAAACAAGUGCUGUAACUUUUUUAUAUGUAUUUGCCUCGCUGCAACAUUUAAAUCACCUGAUUAUGUAAACUUCCCAGGCAUUCGCCCGUCGUUAACAAAAAUUAAUUGUAACGCAUACUUUUCACCCUCUUAUUGUGGCUGUAUGUUCGGAAAUUAUAUUUCAUUUUAUGCCACAGUUGUUUAAUAAAAAUGUCUUUAAUAUUUUUUUAUAAUUUUGUUAGUAUGAAUUGAAAAUCAUUCAAAAUAUAACUGUACUUAUUCGUAAGAACAGGAUUGUUGGGUUCUGUAAAAUUUUGAAUGCCAUAUUAUCUUCCAGGUAAAUUUGUAUGGGCUUUGACUAACAAAUUAUUUGUGGGCAUAAAAAAAAUUAAUGCUAGAAUAAGCAAUUUAAAAUUAUUCUAUACAAUAACUCCAAAGUUAGUCCAUUUUUCUUAAAACUAUUAAUAUGCACUAUGCGGUGUAAAAUUUUCAUGGCAUUUUAUAAACAAGCACUGCAUAAAUAUUAUUACUCUCCAUUGGACAUUACUAAUUUAUCAGGCCAAGUUUGUUUCCUGUAAGAUAUGUACAUAUUUUAAAUAUUUUUUUUAUUAACAGUUUAGUGAAUAUGCAUAUAGUUACAAUCAAAAAAGCUAGGCGGUGUGUCUGGUUUGUUAGCAUCUCAGGGAUCUUGAAAAUUUGAGGUUUUUUUUUACUAUAUUGUUUGGUCAUCCUAACGUGCAAUAUGAAUACAUGUUCUGAUAUUCAAGAAUUGUUAAACAAGAUGAUUGUGUGAUUGUUCUGUGUAUUUUGGUCCAAUUUGGCCAAGUUCUAUUGGCCAGUUUUAAGAGAGAAUUUGUAUGUUUUAAUUAGCCUAGAGUAGUUUGAUCAAGUUCCAAUACAAAAACUUGCAUGUAGUUACAUUGGCAUUGGAUCUAACUUGCAAUGUUAAUUUCAUUCUUAAUUUAUUUGAAAUUGAGGAGCUUAUGACAUCACUGCAUACAAUAAGUUGGUUUUGUAAUGGUAGUUAUUGAUAUUAUGAUGUUUUCACAAGUGCCGUCCAUUUUAGCGUGGUAGUAUGCAGACUAUGAAAGACAACUGUUGUACAUAUGUACCUCUUUAUGAAGUAUCAUUCUCAAGUGCCCUUGUAAUGUACAGAAUUUUUUACUAUUUACUAUACAUAUUUCAGUAAUAAAUUAUUGUAUACUACAUUGUAUACUACAUAAUUAUAUACAGUAGAUAGUAAGAUAGGUGGCACCAUGACAGAAUUUAUUUAUAUGGCAUUGGCUUUUAUCUGCCCCCACUUUGCAUCAUGAAAAUAAACCUAGUCAUCAAGACAUGAUUGACAGACGGUGUGCCUCUUGUAAAUUAUUGUGUGCUCUAAAGCUAAAGCGUAAAUGUUAUGGGAUUGUUUAGCAAACAUAAAUUAUGCAGACCAUACCUAAGAUGAUAUUUGAAAAACUAGAGCAAUGAAAGCAACUGUAGUGUUUAAAUUUUAUGUACUUUUCAGACUAAAUAUUAAAUAUUAGCUGGAGUGCUUGAUAGGAUGUGUGGAAAGUCUCUUGUGUUACGUUGUUAAGGAAAUAUAAACAAAAAUUCACGGAAAAUCUUUCUCUCUUUGGUAAAUGGUUUAUUUGUGUUAACUUCCAAAGAGAGACAUUGAAUUUGACUGACAGUAAUUAUGGCAAUUUAUUGCCUCAAUAUAUAGUUUCAAAUUAGGAUGAUGACAUUUUGCAUGAGUACGCACUUUAUUUUUAUUCCUGUUGUGAUUAACAUAAUUAGUUUGGAGAAAUGCUUGUAGAUUAUUUUGGUGAUGUACAAUUUAUUUUGUAGUUUUAUACUCGUGAAAUGUAUUGCACUACAAGACAAUUUGCUGCUGGAGUUACCAUCAAACCUGACUGAUUCUGUUUCUCUGUUAUCCGUGGUUAUACAUAACAAGCUACGAUGCAUUUAGAGCUCGUUUCUUUUCACAGAAUAUCUCGACUGUUUUCCUUGUGAACAUAACCAAUAGGAAAUACCUUAUACUAGGCCUGUGCAAAUCUUCGACUACGUGAAUCAACCGAAGCUCUUUUCAAUAUUCUAUUUGACUUUGCCAGGGAAUUUGUUAUUUGUUUGAUUUGAAGUUUCAGUUGUGAUGCAAAACUUUGCAUCUGAUACAUUUGUUGCAAAGCUUUAAAACUUUGGAAGCUUAAAAUGCACCCUUGAAAUUUUGAUUUUUUGUUGUGUUGUAUAAUGAUUUGCUGCAUAAAGUUUUUUUUUAUUUAAAAAAAUAAAAAGUUGUUUCUCCAUUUGCUUUGUUGAAUGCUAAAUAUGAAUAUUAUGCAGAGUUAUUUUAUAAUUUUUAUUGAAUGAUGUUAGAUAUAUGGCCUGAUUGGUUAACAACUUAAAUCAGUUCAAACAUUACAAAAGCGAAACAAUUAUUUUUUUACUUCAAUCUACAUUUUAUAAAGUAAGUGUAAUAUAGCUUCAUGGAGAACAAUGAUUCAGCUUCGUGAUUAUUUUAAACAUUCAAAUUGAUUAUCUCUUCGCAUCAAAAAACUAGUGUCCGCACAGGCCUCCCUAUACAGUCCUUGUUUAGUUUGGCACAUUCGGUAAUCGUGCCCUGACUGAGCCACUCGCACUGAGAUUUUAGGCAUUUGUUUACCUGCUGUACAUGUUUUUAGUUCGCUCAAUGUUUAUUAUGACUCUCAGUUUUCAUUUCAGUAUAUAUUUUUCAACCUGUUAUUACAUUUGCACAAUACUAGUAUGUACAACUGUGUGGAUUCAGUACCUAUUAGAUAAUCACGAAUAAUUUGAUAUUCAAGUCAAAAUUUGAUAAUCAGACAUGACUAUGGUCCCGUACUAGCCAUAUCAAAGGGCUUUUACUCCAUGGACUUUUCUAAAUGUCCAACUGAUUAUUUGAAAUUUUUUGGAUUAAAAAUUUUUUAUGUAAAAAACCUCACUAGAAUGUAAGAAAUGUCCAAGACCAUGUCAAGAUAUGCGAGAGAUGAAAAAAGCUGCUGAAAAUUACUGUGCAUAAUAAACUGUACAUAUAUAUGCACUAGAAUGUAACAAUUGGUUUUAAAUUGCUUCUAAGUAUAUUUAAAAUUUGGUUUCAUUCUUACACUCAGAAAAAAUAUUGUGUGAUAGAAAAAUGAUUUUUUUGGACAUUAUGUUUUUUUGAAUAUGUAUAUUUAGAUUUAAAAAAAAACAUGUAAGUAGCAUUCUUUACACAGGCUGAAUAUUGUUGCUAUGUGGCCACUCAGAAAUUAAAUUUAUAUUAAUUAAUGAAAUACUUAAUUUGGCUAUGAAUACAUGGUCUACUUUUAUUGAAUGCAGUUAUUUUUAUAAAUUUGCAUAAAAAAGUAAAAUCACAGAGCAUGUUUGUGUAAUUGAAGCACUGCGAAUUCAUAAUACUGUUUGAAGAAAAAAAACACUUAGACAUUUAAGUAUUUUGAAUUAUAUCACUACUAAUACCAGACCGAAAGUUUAAAAAAUAGUUUUAGUUUACAUUUUUGCUGCCAACAUCUAGAUGAUUUAAUAUCAAUCGUAGUUCAGGUUAUUAGAGACCCGAAUAUUCCAGAUUCAAAUUAUUUAUGUAAUAUUGUAGAUAUGUUAACAAAUUCAAACAAACGCACAUUUAUAUUGGUACAGUGCUGAUUAUAAUAUGGAGUAUUAGUGAAUUUAAAAAAGAAGAAAAAUUUGUUUGUUCAGUAAUUUGCAGUUCAGAUUAUGUUAAAAUAUUAGUGAUCCUGGAGAUGUACAUUGAUGGAACCACAAAAGUUUGCUUUGUCAGAAGUUCCUGUAUUAUGCUUUGUAAAUGAAACUAAGUUCUGCAUGAAAAAUUUGCCUGUACAAGAAUAUAUUUAGGUAUGUGCCUCAAGUUAGACAUAGUGGCAUACUGUAUUGGAUUACAGAAAAUUUGCAAUUUGUUUAUCAUAGAUAAGCUUGACUGGUUAAGACUGAAAUUUUUUUACAAAGUGACUAAGAGCAGUGUAAAAAUUAAAAAAAAAUGUUUUCAUCAAUUGUCCUGUUUGAACAUGCCAAAGGAUUAUCUGUAUAAAUAUUAUUUUUUUUUUUAGUUUCUUGUUAUUGUAAAUUAAUGUGAUAGUUUUGGUGGAAUGUGUGAAUGGCUAUAGCUGUGUUCAAAUACAGUUUUUGCUGCUUUUUUUAUAAACUCUAAAUAAAUUACAUUUAAUUA